UUCAAAGGAAGUGCCUUUUAUGGAGAUGUACUUGGAAGCACUGCGCCGAUUGGUGGUAGUUUAUAUGGUGCAGGUGGCGGUACUACUUUGAAAACACCAGCAGCCUGCUGCUUUAGUUCAAACAUCAGUGGAGCGGGAAGAAUAGCAGCAGCAGGAGGAGGAAAUUCAAACUUAGCGCUGAAUGGUAGAGGUGGUGAACGGAGGGAAGGCUUUGGUUUAGGCUGCUUAUCCGCUAGUACAGCAGGUAUCGGUAGUGGAUUAGCGCUGAGGAAUGAAACCGCCAUAAACAACAGAAGUGUUUAUGACGAUUGUUACGAGUUGACAGCCGGUAGCUGCACCGUCCUACCUGACGCUCUAACAGCAUCAGAUUUCUAUUCGUUAUCGUCCACGUCGUCCUCAUCAACGUCCAAUUACCAUUCAACUAAACCAUUGUUGUCUAGUUCACGACUUGCUAACGUUGCAAAUCGAAGUCGAAGUGUCGGUCCUGUGUCGAUACUCGAUAAUUGUUAUUUGCUCAUUGUUUAUAGGCAGCAUCGUUCGUUCGACGGUAUGGAGCUGUUGGGUAGCAGCUAUGAGACAUCAGAUUGGCCAUCAACAGCAGCAGCAGCAGGAGCAGGAACGUUGCCGCCACUACAGAUUCCGAGUGCAAGUGGCACUCAUGUGAUGCAAACGAAUGUACCUGCGCCUCCUCUCUCGAAUCCCACAUCGAGCAACGCACAGUUCUGGAAACAUCAACAAGCAAUGAUGAAUAUGUCACGCAAUGAGCGAGUGCUUGCAUAUCCAGCCGCGACAAGCAGUGCUAACGAUACAGCAGCGUUACGUGAAUACGACUUGCUGAAACGUGAUUAUGAAAAUGCACUGCAAAAGUUGAACUCAACCAUGAGUUCUAUCAAAACUUUCUGGAGUCCUGAACUGAAACGUGAACGACAAUUGCGUAAAGAAGAGACCGCAAAAGUGGCCCUUCUACAGCGCCAACUCACCAGCGCAUCGAACACGGCACAACAAACAACAGGCGUUGUUGCGGGUGGUUUAGUAGCGCCUGCAAUAAAUGAGUAUCGUUUGGCUGAGUUGGAAGGUGAGCUGGAGAACAGUCAUAUUGAGUUGAUGAAAAAAGAUGAGACGAUUCGCCGCUUGAUUGAACGACAAUCAAAUACAGCCACAAAUGCAGGAUCCGCUCGUUUCGGCGCAAGUCUAAAUGAUGCUGCUGGCACUCUAACGGGUGCAUCCGCGACCAGACUGGCUGAGUUGGAAACCACUUGUAAUCAGCUGGAAUCGUUGAUUUCGAUUCGAGAUCAACAGCUCAGAUCGUUGGAGCAGCAACUUAACAGUUUACAGCAGCAACAACAACAGCAGUCUGGCGGUAUCAGUGCAGCAUUUUCUAAUGCACAGCGUGAAAAUGCGAAGGUUGUAUUGCUGUGCUCUCUUUUAUCAUCUCGUAAAGAGCAUUUUUGUUGGUGCCACUUGCUGGAUCGGCGGAUAGCAGACCUCGAAGAAGAGCUGGCAACGUUACGCACUCGAUGUGGUGGUUUAGACCCACCCAGGGACUUCACUGAUAAGUCGGUCACGUCACAUGAGUUACAUACACUACGCAUGAAAAUGGAACGCAGCGAAAUGGAACUCGCAAAAAAGAGUUCUGAUUUGGCGACCACACAGACGCGACUACAAGCAGCCUCUGAAGAGAAUGCCGAUCUCAGAAAGCAUUUGGAAGUUUUACGAGAUUCGAGUUCGUCGAAAGAACAACAUGCAACUUUAUUACAGUCUGAUAUUGAAGCGUUACGAGCAAAAUUGGAAAAUAAGAAUGCACAAAUUGAUCAAAAAGAGAAAUUAUGUGAACGUAUCGAAUCAGAGUUGAAACUAACAAAAGGGCAACUAGCUGAUAUGCGUGAAACGAACAAGGGUUGCGAACAACGAAUGAGUCAACUGGUUGCACGUUUGGAUGCUCUGGAGAGGGUCGGUCGAGAGCGUGAACAAGAACUGGAUAAGAUGAAGCAUAAGCUAUUGGCACAACCCGACGUACAGAUGGAACGGCAAAUGCAAUUGCAAAUCGACGAAGCGAACCGUGAAAAGAAACAUCUGCAAUGUGUCAUCGAUGAUCUACGACGGAAUGCCGAAAAAGAGAAAGCACAGCAACUGGAAACGUUUCAAGAGCAGAAUCGACAACUUACGGCCACCAUUGAAAGUCUUCAAAAGGAGCUUUCAGAUCGACAAGUUUUACUGGAAUCUCAAAACGAAAAAAUCGGCGACUUAGAUCGAGAAUUAUGCUCAGUAGAACGACAGCGUAAAGAACAAACUCCACAGCUCACAAACGAUGAACAGUUGGCUGAAGCAAGAAAAGAGAUAGAUUCACUGUUACGGAUGGUUCAAACGCUUGAAAAGGAUAAGUCUUCGCUGCUAUCGCAGUGCAAGCAAUUACAAAGGUCUGUUUGUCUGAUUAUUCGUUUUCCGCUUUCAGCUUCAAAUGCUUUGGAAGAGGUGAAUAAAGAGGGUACCACAAUGCCUGCAACCGGAGCUUCAACAUCAUCAGCGCAUCGAACAGAUACCUUAACGUUGUCGACGAAUGGUACUCUCAAGAACAGAGUGGAAGAACUAGAGGAGGCAUUACGCGAAUCGGUAAGCAUAACGGCCGAACGCGAGUUGCAUGUGGCCCAACAAAAACAGCUCAAUCAACAGCUAGCUUUACAAUUAUCUGAAAGCCGUCGUGAGAUCGCUGAACUACGUAAAAUGAUCAAAGAGUUGUCGAACGGUGAUCGCGAAGAGAUGGUUCGAUCGUUCGAAGUGGAACGACGAAAACACAUCGAACAGCUACUUCAGCUCAAACACGAAGCAUUGGUGGCUGCAAUCGCGGAGAAAGAUGCUCAUAUAGCGCUGUUAGAGCAGUCACAUGAGCGACCGCGAGAUGAGAUUGAAACACUUCGAACGCAUAAAGAAAAGUUGAUCGAGAAAUUGAAGGAGGAGAACGAACGCCGAAUUCAACUCGUCAACUCCACUUCAAUGAAUGUUGCACCUGGAGCUCCGAUUCAACAGCAGCCGUCUGGUGUUGGAUCGUCAACAACACUAGCCGCUGGAGUAAAUGGCGCAUUUGUUGGGGCUGGCGUGCCCGGAUCAGCACCAAUUGCCAUUGCUUCAUCAUCUUUACCGAAUCCAACUUCAAACGUUGAUCAGGAAGAUGAUGCCGAAGGAAUUUGGGCUUGA